GAGACGGGUCCGAUGGAGGAGGUGCUCCGUUCCGCAGCCCUAGUCGGCACAAAUAUGCUGCGGGUUUGGGGUGGUGGCCGUUAUGAAUCGCGCCACUUCUAUGACCUCGCCAGCCGUCUCGGCAUCAUGAUAUGGCAGGACAUGAUGUUUGCCUGUGCAACUUACACCACGGAAACAGGCGCAGGAAGAGGCUACGUUGGUCGAAUAAGCAUACUAUUGAGAGAAUGCACGUCAAAGUUACUGGGGAAAAAGAGCACGAUAGAGUUCAUAAGCAGCUCUAUUCCCGAACAUCCAGAGAACACCGACUAUCAUGUAGACGUCAAUGCAACCUUCCGGACAGCUUUCCCAGCUUCAGUGAACUAUCAGGUAUCACCACGAAAACGUCUACUGACAACUGUGGAGGCAACACCCAUUAGUAUACGCAAGUCGAGGUUUCCCUGCAGAAAACCGUAUGCAGGCCUCAGGGUUUUCAUAGCCGAACCUCAUUUUGAUAAUCGCCGUAGAGGAGAUUGA